GAGGUAGAGGAGGAGAGAGGGGUCAAAGAGGAGGUAGAGGUGGAGAGAGGAGUCAAAGAGGAGGUAGAGAGAGGGGUCAAAGAGGAGGUAGAGGAGGAGAGAGGGGUCAAAGAGGAGGAGAGAGGAGUCAAAGAAGAGGAGAACAGGGAUGUGUCUACUCCAGAUCUAGAGGAAGAGAAGGAAGAAGUAGAUAGUAUCAGUGACCCAGGUAAGUUCAGGUGUGGAGUACGGAGAGAGGUUGGUGCCUUGGCGACCACAGGGGAUUCCAAAACUAUUAAAGUGCUUCUGCUUGCAUAAAAAUGAUUUUAAAGCCCCUUUCAAUGUUCCCUUUCUAAUUCUAACCCCAUAUCUGUCCAUAUUCUCACAGGAGAGAGCUCCAACCCAGGUUCAGACAGUGAGCCCAGUUCCACAGCAUCAGGAAACCCUAAACAACACAGACAGAGGAACUCAAGACAGAAACAUCACCACUGCAUGGACUGCUUCACUAGUUUCUAUGAGCCAGAGGAGUUGAGAAGACACACUUGUAGGCCCCACACCUGCUCAGAUUGCAGAGGCAGUUUUAUCUGUCCAAUUCACCUCAAAUCACACCAACAGACUCUCAAAAGAAAGAAAACGUACCCGUGUUGUCAUUGUGAGAAGAGUUUUCAGACCCCAAGCAGCUUGAAGAAUCACCAGCUUACUCACACAGGAAAGAAGCCUUUCCGCUGCUCCCAGUGUGGGAAGACUUUUGAUUCGUCAUUACAUUUGAAGAGACACCAGAGAAUACACACA